AAGGUGGCUUAAAUAAGUUGAAUCAGGACACUUGUGAUCAAUUAAAAAACUCACUAGAAACACAUAAUAAUUAAUCAGUAUUUGUCAAACAUUGAUUAAGAAAAACUCCAUUCAAUAAUCAUAAUACUUUUCCAAUAGAUGAUUCUUCUUCCAUUUCCACAAACUCGAGAAUACAUUACCAUCUUGCAGAGAGCCUCUUAGGCUUGUUGAUAAAUUUCCACAAUUCAAAAACCAGAAAAACAAAAAGAAAACAAACCAUGGCAGAGUUGGUUGGUGGAGCAUUUCUUUCAUCAUUCUUUCAAGUGGCUUUUGAGAAGUUGUCUUCCAAUGAUUUCAUUGACUUUUUUAGAAGAAACAAACUUGAUGAGAUGCUGCUAGAGAAACUUCAUGUUACACUCAAUUCUAUCAAUCAUGUGCUGGAUCAAGCAGAGACAAAACAGUACCAAAGCAUGUACGUGAAGAAGUGGCUUGAUGAACUUAAACAUAUUGUAUAUGAGGUAGAUCAACUGCUAGAUGAGAUUGCGACUGAUGCACCACUGAAGAAGCUGAAAGCUGAAUCUCAACCUUCUACUAGCAAGGUAUUGGGCUUCUUUUCAUCUUUCACUAAUCCAUUUGAAUCUAGGAUCAUAGACUUGCUAAGGAAGUUAGAAUUGCUUGCAAAGCAAAAGGAUAUGCUCGGAUUGAAACAAGACACUUGUGCUAGUAAUGAAGGUGGAGUUAGUUGGAAACCUUCACAAAGAUUGCCAUCUACAUCUUUGGUUGAUGAGUCGGGCAUAUAUGGUAGAGAUGAUGACAAAGAGGAAAUAAUCAAAAGUUUGCUCUUAGACAUUGAUUGUGGAAACCAGGUACCAAUAGUCAGCAUAGUUGGUCUUGGGGGAAUGGGCAAGACCACCCUUGCUCAACUUGUGUACAAUGACCAAAGGAUCAAGGAGAAUUUUGAACAUAGAGCUUGGGUCUAUGUUUCGGAAACUUUUGAUGUUAUCGGGCUUACCAAAGCAAUUCUGAGAUCAUUUCACUCUUCAGCAGAUGGUGAAGACUUGAAUUUACUACAAAAUCAACUGCAGCAGGUGCUAAUUGGCAAGAAAUAUUUGCUUGUUCUUGAUGAUGUCUGGAACCGGAGUGAGGAAUGUUGGGAGCGUUUACUACUUCCCUUAUACCAUGGAUCUACUAGAAGUAAGAUUAUUAUGACAACACGUAACAAGGAGGUGGCAUCAGUCAUGAAGUCCCCCAAGGUACUUAAUUUAAUGCAAUUGAACAAGAGUGAAUGUUGGAGUAUGUUUGUGAGACAUGCUUUUCACGGCAGGAAUGCAAGUGACUAUCCAGAUCUUGAGUCAAUCGGCGAGAAGAUUUUAGAAAAGUGUGGAGGGUUGCCUUUAGCUGUAAAAACAUUGGGGAAUCUGUUGCGAAGAAAAUUCUCUAAAAGUGAAUGGGUUAAGAUUUUAGAGACAGAUCUGUUGCGUUUAUCAGAGGGUGACAGUAACAUUAAUCCAAUACUUAGAUUGAGUUAUCAUAAUCUUUCUUCCAGUUUGAAGCGUUGUUUUGCUUAUUGUUCCAUAUUUCCAAGGGGUUAUUUGUUUGUCAAGGAUGAGCUAAUCAAACUAUGGAUGGCAGAAGGUUUGUUGAAGUGUUGUGGAACAUACACUAGCGAAGAAGAGUUGGGUAAUGACUUUUUUCAUGAUCUGGAGUCAAUUUCAUUUUUUCAACAAUCAAUUAAACGGGAUGAUGAGUUUCUCGUCAUGCAUGAUCUUGUCAAUGAUUUAGCAAAAUCAGUUUCUGGAGAAUUUUGUUUGAGAAUAGAGGGUGAUUGGACGCAAGAUAUCCCUGAAAGGACGCGUCACAUUUGGUGUUCUCUUAGAACAAUAAAUGAUGAGAAAAAGGUAGAGAAAAUUUGUAAGGCUGAGGGACUAAAAGGUCUGACUUUUUCGUUACCAGGAUUCUUGCAGUUCAAGAUACACAACAAUGUACAACAUCAAAUGUUUUCAAGAUUGAGAUAUCUAAGGAUGUUAUCAUUAGGAGGUUGUUAUAUGACAAUGCUAUCAGAUGAGAUAAGCAACUUAAAGCUUUUGCGUUAUCUAGAUCUUAGUUACACUAGGUUGGCAAGCCUACCUGAUUCCAUUUGUAUGUUGUAUAAUUUGCAGACACUCUUAUUGGAAAAUUGUAAAUUGACCGAGCUCCCUUCAUGUUUUUGCAAACUCAUCAAUUUACGUCAUCUUCAUCUGAAAGGCAAUGAUAUAAAGAAGAUGCCAAAGCUUAUAGGAAGGCUAAACCACCUACAUACGCUGACUGAUUUUGUUGUAGGAGAGCAUAGUGGGUAUGACAUUAAGGAAUUGGCAGAACUAAAUCAUCUUCAAGGAACACUUCACAUUUCUGGGUUGGAAAAUAUCAUUGAUCCUACAGAUGCCACAAUAGCAAAUUUGAAAGAUAAGAAACAUUUAGAAGGAUUACAUAUGACUUAUGGUGCAACUAGAGAAACAGAUGGCUCAAUAAUGGAGAGGGAUGCCUCUAUCUUGGAGUCUCUACAACCAAAUAGAAGCCUCAAAUGGCUUACCAUUGUAGACUACCACGGCACUAGCUUUCCCAACUGGCUUGACCAAUGUCAUUUACCGAAUUUAGUAUCUCUUGAUCUAAUGAGAUGUAAAUUUUGUACUCAGUUGCCACCACUUUGGUUGUUUCCCUAUCUCAAGAGGCUUUCUAUUUCAAGCUGUUACGAAAUAGAGAUCAUUAGUUCACCAAAUGUUCCAUUCAGGUCCCUUGAAAUUUUGCGAUUUGAGGACAUGUCCAAUUGGAAGGAAUGGUUAUGUGUUGAAGGUUUCCCUUUGCUUAAAGAGCUUUCUAUAAUGAGCUGUCCCAAGUUGAAAAAAGCUCUACCAAAACAUCUUCCUUCUUUGGAAAUAUUGAUUAUUAUAAAUUGCCAAGAAUUGGAGUCUUCAAUUCCCUUGUCUCAUAAUAUUCGUGAGCUACGUCUAUACAAAUGUGAAAACAUUUUGAUAAAUGAAUUGCCAUCCAACUUGAAAGAAGUCUUCCUUGGUGGAACUCGGGUCCUUGAGUCCUAUAUGGAACAAAUUUUAUCGAACAAUGUCUUUCUUGAACAGUUGGAUGUAAAAGACUUCAACGGUGUGAAUCAAGAAUGGUCCAAUUUGGAUUUGUGUAGCUGUAAUUCUAUCCGCUCUCUAACUAUAGAUGGCUGGCACUCCUCCUCUUUACCAUUUGCAUGGGACUUGUUCAUCAAUCUUUAUUCUCUAUUUUUGUAUGAUUGUCCACUGCUGGAUUCAAUUUAUGGGGAAGGUUUGCCUUUGAGUCUGAGAAGCAUUACAAUACAAAAAUGCCCGAAACUAAUUGCUUCAAUUGAGGUGUUAGGUUUGAACAAAAUUUAUUCUCUAGAAGAUGUCACUGUUUGUGAUGACUUUGUCGAGUCCUUCCCAAAAGAGAAUCUCCUACCACCAAAUAUUAACACUCUUCAUUUGGAUUGUUGUUCAAAGCUAAGAAUAAUCGACAACAGGGGUUUUCUCCACCUCAAAUGUCUCAAAGCCUUAUGCAUUACUAACUGUUGUUGUCUUGAGCACAUUUCGGGGGAGGAUCUACCUGAAUCCCUUUCUACUCUGUACAUUGCUGGUUGUCCAUUACUGCAAUGCCAUAAUAUUUCACAUAUCCCUUCUGUGAAGAUUUUUGAAUGAGUGUGCCGAAAUGUUACUACACGCAGGUAUUGAUGGGAUCAUUUGAAUUUCAUAUUGUUGUACACACCAUGGCAUUACUGAUACUCUAAAGAGGAAGACAAACAGAAAGUUGUAAUGCAAUUUAUGUAAGAAAAAAUAGAGAGAAUGAAGUAGGGAUUAGGGAAGGUAAACUAAUAAGUCAACUCAAAGGACUGUAAUGGACUAAUAGGGAAAAGCUAAAAUGUGGCUAUAAGAGUGAUGAAAGAUUAUCUCAUGUACUAAAAUGCAAGUGAAUUCUGCUUUGAAAACAUUAUUGCUUUCAUUUUUUACACUCUUUUCAUUUCUGCUUUUUGUAUUGAUACUGCCUCAGUAAUAUGAGAUGAGAUUUUAUGUUGCUGCUUUAAAGAGGAAGAU